AUGUCAGACCAGAAUCCUAUCCGGCCCGAGCAAUGGGCCGUCGCUAACGAUUACGGCAACUUGCCCGGCGGCGGCUCGCCCGGUGGCCGAGCCACCCUUCGCGAUACGGCCGAGCGGCGAGCGAGCGGGAGCCGGUGGUUUGGGCCAAAUGGUGUCUUCGGUCCGGCAAGAAGAACCUUGCCUUCGACGGGGGCCCAGGAAGCCGGUGUGGGUGGCAAUGAAAUCACCCAUCCAACCACCCAUGAUGUCCACCGGGGUAACGAGCCCGCUAGGGCUCCAACGCUCACAGGGCAAACCAACCCGGCCACCACCCCCCAGGCCAUCAACUACCGGGCAGCAAGUUACCCGGCGGCAGGUUACCCAGUAGCAACAAGCUACCCGGACGUCAACUACCUGGCCACCGACUACUUGUACCGGACUGCAAGUUACCAGGCCAGAAGCUACCCAGCCGUCAGCAACCCAACAGCAAGUUACCCGACCGCCAGCUACCUAGCUACCAUCCCAACCACCAUCCCAGCUACCAUCCCAGCUGCCAUCCCCGGUACCAACCUGAACCCAGCAGCCACCACCACCACCCUGACCCCCUCCCGCAUGCAACAAGUCACCACCGCCCAGCUCAUCCACGCCCCUCGCGCCCCCCGGCGCGACCUGCACGAGGCGGGCGUAUCGGGAAACUACCGCGGGGACAUCAACAACCCGCGCAACCUGUCGGCCAACAUCCCCGAGGACCACAGCUGCAGCUUCUGGCUGCGGGGGCUGCCCGCCGGCACCACGGUGCACUCGCUCCUGGCCGCCGUGCGCGGCGUCGGUCGCGUAUAUUGCACGGUCAUUGCGCCGGCCAAUCGGCCGCAUGGCUGGCCGACGGCGGCGGCCAAGUUGGUGUUUUUUGAGAGGGAGGCGGCGCAGCGGUUUUGGGGGUUGUAUGGGAGGGGAGUGGGGGGGGGUGCUAACGGUGGUGGUGCGGGUGGGGACGGGGGUACUACUACUACUACUACUACCACGCCGACGCCGACGCCGACGCCAGAGCCCCUUUUGGUGGGCGGGCAGCGUGUUGUUGUUGAGCGGAACCGUACGCGCGUGGCUGAGGCGACGCUGCCGCGUGGCUAUACCCGUGUGGUACGCGUGACGGGCCUGCCGGGCGCGAUUAAUGUGGGCGCGUUGCUGGCGGAGUUUCAGGCCAAGUUUGUGUUUGAGAUGGAUGAGGUUGCUGUCGGGACGGAGGACCGCAUUACGUUUGCUGGGGCGCUGAGGCUGGUGGUGGUGGAGUUUCGGUUUGGGAGCUUCCGCUGCCAGGCACAGACUGCUCAUCGCUUGCUCCAGGGACGGGCAGGGUUGGAGGUCCAAUACGGGCGCGAUCCCUGCGAUCGGUAA